CGGGGCGGAGGAGGCGGGAGUGUCAGGGAAAGGCUGGAAGACGAGCCUGUAGGAUGUUUCCUCGGUGAGGGGAAAGCUAUUGCACGAUGGCAGUUUUCGAUACUCCCGAGGAGGCCUUUGGCGCCUUGCGUCCGGUCUGUGUUCAGCUCACAAAGGCCCAGACGGUGGAGAAUGUGGAACACCUGCAGACCCGGUUACAGAGCGUGAGCGACUCUGCCCUUCAGGAACUUCAGCAGUACGUGCUCUUCCCGUUGCGAUUCACUCUCAAGACUCCCGGUCCCAAGAGAGAGCGCCUGAUCCAAAGCGUGGUGGAAUGCCUCACGUUCAUCCUGUCUUCCACGUGUGUCAGAGAGCAAGAGCUUCUGCAGGAACUUUUUUCAGAACUCUCUGCUUGUCUGUAUUCGCCCAGCUCCCAGAAACCCGCAGCUGUGUCAGAAGAGCUGAAAUUGGCUGUGAUCCAGGGACUCAGCACAUUAAUGCACUCGGCUUAUGGGGACAUCAUUCUGACUUUUUAUGAGCCCUCCAUUCUGCCUCGUUUAGGAUUUGCUGUAUCUUUACUGUUAGGCCUAGCAGAACAGGAGAAAUCUAAGCAAGUUAAAAUUGCUGCCUUGAACUGUUUGCAGGUUCUGCUCUUUCAGUGUGAGUGUCAAGACCAUCCAAGGUCCUUGGAUGAGCUUGAGCAAAAGCAGCUGGGAGAUUUGUUUGCUUCUUUUUUACCUGGAAUCUCAACUGCAAUGACAAGGGUUAUCACGGGAGACUUUAAACAAGGUCACAGCAUCGUCGUGUCUUCUCUGAAGAUCUUUUAUAAGACAGUGGGCUUCAUUAUGGCCGAUGAGCAGCUCAGAGCAAUCCCAAAGGUCCAAGCAAAACCUGCAGUGCAGCACAGAGUUGCAGAGCUGAUGGUUCACAGGGAAGCAGAUUGGGUAAAAAGUACUGGUGAGAAAUUGACUAUCCUUAUUAAAAAGAUUAUCGAGUGUGUUUCAGCUCACCCACACUGGAAGGUGAGACUGGAACUGGCAGAACUGGUGGAGGCCCUUCUUUUGAAGUGCAGUCAGUCCCUGGUUGAAUCUGCUGGUCCCCUUCUGAAGGCAUUAGUGGGCCUAGCAAAUGAUGAGAGCCCUGAGGUCCAAGCCCAGUGCAAUAAAGUUCUGAGAUGUUUCGCAGAACGGAAGGUGGUGAUGGGCAACAGAGCCUUUGCUGACAUCUUGUCAGAAAGCUUGCAUUCCCUGGCCACGUCUCUUCCACGCCUAAUGAACUCCCAGGAUGAUCAGGGCAAAUUCUCUACUCUUUCCUUGUUCCUCGGUUACCUGAAACUCUUGGGCCCAAAAGUAAACUUUGUCCUCAAUUCUGGGGCCCACCUUCAGCGCCUUUCCAAAGCACUCAUCCAAGUUCUAGAACUGGAUGUGACUGACAUCAAAAUCGUGGAAGAGCGCCGCUGGCACCCUGAUGAUCUGAGUGCCUCUCCAAAGACCUCAGCCACCCGGCCGUGGAACCAAAUCCAGAGGAGGUAUUUCCGCUUCUUCACCGAUGAGAGGGUUUUCCUGCUCUUGCGGCAGGUUUGUCAGCUUCUUGGUUACUAUGGGAACCUUUAUUUGCUUGUGGAUCACUUUAUGGAACUGUACCACGAGUCUGUGGUUUACCGAAAGCAAGCUGCCAUGAUCCUUAAUGAACUGGUUGCCGGGGCUGCUGGGCUGGAGGGGGAGGACCUUCAUGAGGAACGUGUUGAAACAAGCGCAGAGGAAUUGAGAGAGAUUGUGCAAUCUAUACUUGAAGAAUACACGAGCCAAGAAAACUGGUAUUUGGUUACCUGUAUUGACGCUGAGGAAAUGGAAGAGGAGCGAAUGCUGAAGGAGUCAGGCCUCCAAGCCAUCACAUCGGGUGCACACGCUUGCCAGGUGCCAUCUUUUCCAGCCUUCUCAAAGCCAAGUCCCACUGUUUGCUCCAUGAACAGCAACAUCUGGCAGAUCUGCAUCCAGCUGGAAGGGAUUGGCCAGUUUGCACGUGCGCUGGGGAAAGACUUCCGCUUGCUCUUGAUGUCAGCCCUUUAUCCAGUCCUGGAGAAGGCCGGAGACCAAACCCUGCUCAUCAGUCAGGCGGCCACCAGCACCAUGGUGGAAAUUGGCCAGGCUUGUGGCUACGACUCCCUGCGGCACCUAAUCAAUCAAAAUUCAGACUAUCUGGUGAACGGAAUCUCUUUGAAUCUGCGUCACCUGGCUCUGCACCCUCACACCACAAAGGUCUUGGAAGUCAUGCUGCGGAACUCAGAUGCUAGCCUGCUGCCUUUAGUGGCAGAUGUGGUUCAAGACGUCUUGUCCACCCUGGACCAAUUUUAUGAUAAGAGAGCCGCUUCCUUUGUCAGUGUUCUGCACGCCCUGCUGGCAGCAUUAGCCCAGUGGUUCCCAGACACAGGUAAUCCUGGGCAAUCACAAGAGCGAAGUUCAGGGGCGGAGGAAAGAGGUCAUCUGCACACAACGCCGGCUGUUGUUGAGAACAGCGCCACAGCCGAAGACAUUGAACGGUUUUUGCUGGACUACCUCAGAGAGAAGGAUGUGGCAGAUGGAAAUGUCUCGGAUCUUGAUAAUGACGAAGAGGAUCAGUCAGCCCCUCCCAAAGUGGAUGAGAAUGACACCCGUCCAGAUGUGGAGCCACCCCUGCCAGUGCAGAUCCAAAUAGCCACGGAUGUGAUGGAGCGCUGCAUACAUUUGUUGUCAGAUAAAAACCUGAAAAUCCGCUUGAAGGUCCUGGAUGUUCUGGAUUUGUGUGUGCUCGUUCUGCAGUCCCACAAGAACCAGCUCCUUCCCUUAGCUCAUCGAACGUGGCCCUCGCUCGUGCACCGGCUCACAAACGAUGACCCGCUGGCAGUGCUCAGAGCCUUCAAGGUUUUGCGUACCCUGGGAGGCAGCUGUGGCGAUUUUCUGCGGAGCCGAUUCAGCAAAGAUGUCCUGCCAAAACUGGCUGGCUCCUUAGUCACCCAGGCUCCCGUCAGUGCCAGGGCUGGACCAGUUUACUCACAUACACUGGCCUUCAAGUUGCAACUGGCCGUCUUGCAGGGCCUGGGCCCCCUCUGUGAGAGACUGGACCUGGGUGAGGGUGACCUGAAUAAAGUGGCUGAUGCCUGCUUGAUUUACCUCAGCGCCAAACAGCCCAUGAAAUUACAAGAGGCUGCCAGGAGCGUCUUCCUCCACUUGAUGAAGGUAGACCCGGACUCCACCUGGUUCCUCCUCAAUGAGCUCUACUGCCCCGUGCAACUCACACCUCCCCACUGCAGCCUCCACCCCGUGCAGCUGCGGGGGGCCACCGGGCAGCCAAACGCCUACACAGCCAAUGUGCUCCACCUGCUGCAGGAGCUGCCGGGCCCCCUCCUCCCCUGCUACUGCGGCUGGGCCGGCCCCGCCCUGGCUGAAGGCAGUGGCAGCUGCAGGGAAGGCUGCAAAGGUGGAGUAGACAACCGGUCGAUGUUAUAAAUUGAUCGAUCACACAAGUGCUUAGAAAUUGGAUUGAAAGAAAGUAGCUGACUGUUAUUUAUAUUUCAUACCUAGUGUUUUCAAGUGACAUUGUCUGGAGGCUCUAAGGGUUUAACUCCUUCACCUGCCAUCUGCACGGCCCUCGCUGCCUCUGAGCCCACCCACGCACACGUGCACCCACGCACACACACAGCCACACCCCUGAGCGCUGGAGGACGUGGGAGGCAGAGUUCUGAUCUGUGCCCCAGCAUUGUCCUCCGAGACCCUGAGGUGGGUCAGACGUGAAAGAAGCCUGAGAACACAGCCCUCCAUCACACACACACACACAGAUCAACCCCUCGGUCCGCGCCGCUCCUCUCCUCAAAUAAUGAGAUGGAGCGAGUUUGUUGUACCUAACCUGUUCUUUGGGAGAAAAUGGAGUAAGGGCACUUCUUGGAUGAAAAGUAUGAUCAAGAGCUCACUUUAAACUUUCUUAUUUAAAUUGG